AUGCACGUACGCUUGGACGCCGUCUCGAUCGAUCGAUCGAUCUCAAUGGGAGCAGCUCGUGGCAACGGCGGCUCCGUGCUUGGCCUCGGCGUGGCCGUGGCGGUGACCGUGGCGCUCCUGGCGUGCCGGUGCGCGGCGCAGACGCCGUCUGCCUCGUCGACGACGACCGGCGGCUCGGGCUGCAUGCCAGAGCUCGUCAGCCUGUCCCCCUGCAUGGGGUUCAUGUCGGGGAGCGCGACGGCGCCGGCGGCGGCGUGCUGCUCGGCGCUGUCCGGCGUGCUGAGGUCGAACCCGGGGUGCCUCUGCAUGGUGCUCGGCGGCACGGCCGCGUCGCUCGGCGUCGCCGUCGACACCGCCCGCGCCGUGCUGCUCCCCGGCGCCUGCAGCAUCCAGGCCCCAUCUGCUAGCCAGUGCAACGCCUUGGAAGCUCCAAUGCCGUCUCCGGCGAGCCCGGCACCACCUGUCGCUACUCCGGCGACACCAACAGAACCCAGCGGCACUCCUGGAUCGAAGACCACUCCGACACCCUUCACUCACUAUUCAGAUGGAAGCAUGAUGAACCCCAGAAUGAUGUUCAUCGUCGUUGUGGUAGUGAUCGUUGCCUUGCUUGAUCACUUGUAAAUUCCAACAUGGAAGGGUCAUUCUUUGUUUCUUUUUUUAAAAAUGGCAAUCGAUUUAGGCAUUGUUUGGUAUUGUAAUAGGUUAUGUUAUUAUUGUUUGGUGCAACUUUUUUUUACCUCUUAUGUGAUCAAUAUUGCGAGUGACUAUAUUAUUAUAGUUUGGAAAUA